GUUAACUCGCAGCAGUCAAUUAACAACAAACUAUCACAAAAUGAAAUUCCUCAUCUGUUUGGCUCUCCUCUUCGCCGUCGCCCAGGCUAACCCCGGUUUGGUGGCUCCUUUGACAUACUCCGCUGCUGCUGUUCCCGCUUAUGCCACAUACGCCGCCUCUCCCUACGUCGCCGCACCAUACGCCGCGUACUCGACCUAUGCCGCACCAGCUGUUGCUACCUACUCCCACGCUGCUUACUCUGCUCCAGCUGUGACCGCUUACUCACAUGUUGCUGCUCCAGCUGUCUACAGUGCUCCAGUUGCCGCAGUUGCUCCAGCUGUUUACAGCGCUCCUGUUGUGUCCACCCUAUUGAAGAAGAACAAUCAGUUCAAGAAUUUCCCUUUGAUGAAAUUCAAAGUAAUCGAAAAUAAAGCGGAACAGGCCGGCUCCGACGUACAAACAUUGACAUCAGUUAACUCGCAGCAGUCAAUUAACAACAAACUAUAUUAUCACAAAAUGAAAUUCCUCAUCUGUUUGGCUCUCCUUUUCGCCGUUGCCCAGGCUAACCCCGGUUUGGUGGCUCCUUUGACAUACUCCGCCGCUGCCGUGCCCGCUUAUACCACCUAUGCCGCCUCACCCUACGCUGCCGCACCCUACGCCGCGUACUCGACCUAUGCCGCACCAGCUGUUGCUACCUACUCCCACGCUGCUUACUCUGCUCCAGCUGUGGCCGCUUACUCACAUGUUGCUGCUCCAGCUGUCUACAGCGCUCCUGUUGCCCGUGUUGCUGCUGUUGCUCCAGUAGCACCAGUCACCUACACCGCCCCCGUUGUAUCCACUCUGUUGAAGAAGAAGUAAACCGUUCAGUAAUAUUUCUUUAAUUUUGAUUAAAUGACCGAAUAAAAGUUUA